AUGGCUGAUUUAAUAGCAACCAUUGCUGGAUUAUCGAAUGAGAAGCAGAUUGAGGAGAUCACCGAAAAGCACCGAGACGACAUUUGGCCGUUUGUGGCAAGUCUGGUGACUCAUGUGUUGGCGAGCAAUCACGUUGGAUAUACUGACCACAACACAGCCACAUUCAUUUCCGAAGAACUCGCUCGCCAGCAUCUGAGCCGUGGACUAAAUGCUCCAAGUGCUGCGUCGAAAUCACUAUGGGCUCUUCACUUGGCUCACGGACAUGUCCAAAAACUGAAAGAUUCUGUGACACCAGCUGGUCUCAAAGUGAUUCUGGAAUUCUAUUUGGUGUGGCAACAGCUUCUUAUCGAUCCAGAACAGUCGAUUAAAACCGAUUUGGAACCGAUUAUGACAAAACUGAAAACUCUCAUAGCUGAAUCUGAUCCAAGCUUCUCAUCAGAUGAGAAAUGUGAGAUACUUCUUGAAAUGGCCGCCGUACACUACCAAUUCUUCGAAUAUGACAAAGCGGAUGAGCUGAUCAAGAAAGCGAGUGACGAAUGUAAUCUGAAUAUCGAUUUGACUGGAAUGAUGGGAAAACGUACACGAUUUCAGCAGAAGACUAUUGCACAACUGGUUUUGGUGCAUAAGGACCACUCAAUAUCGGUUGGCCCCCAACUCCCACCAGACACCGACAUUCCACAAAGCUGCAAUCUCAACGACGACACUCUCCUCGAAGAAAUCGCCAUCAGCGCCGAAGAGGGCACCGCCCGUGUCGAUGGACGUACUCUCACCGCCUGUCAACUCUCGUGUCUUCUAUGGAUCGCUCGUCACGAGGCGGCCACUCAUCGACACGAUGUAUUGAUUCAUGAGAGAUGCUCUCCGUUCCUGGAUACUGUCAUCGCGGCGAGACGUCAUUGGAGUAUUCAGGCGGCCGCGUUGUUGGCGAGAGCCGAACUGGAAAAGGGGCGGGGUCGACAUGUGGAUCGAGCGUGCGUUCAGUCGGAAUUAGUAGUCAAGUUGCAGCAGGGAGUGGAGGAUACUGUAGAUGUUAAAGACCGUCUCCCCCGUACCGCCCACAUCCUCUCAUCUGGUCUCACUCCAUUCUGGCAAUCGUCUGUCCUUUUGGCUGAAAUUCUGAAAUCACUCGGAUGCACUUCCGAAGCGCUUCUCAUCCUCGAACGUCUCGAAAUGUGGGAUGGUGUCAUUGAGUGUUACAAACAGCUGGGUCAAAUGGACAAAGCUGAAACGCUGAUUCGACGACUGAUCAGUGAGAAACCUGGCGAUUCGAUGCUCCACGUCUUCUUGGGUGAUAUCACACGAAAUCCCGAAUACUUUUUGAAGGCGAUCGAAUUGUCUGGAGACCGAAAUGCACGUGCUCAUCGAUCACUUGGACAUGUUCUGUUGAUGGAUAAAAAGUUCGAAGAGGCAUACAAACAUUUGAGACGAAGUUUGGAGUUGCAGCCAAUCCAACUGGGAACGUGGUUCAACGCAGGUUACUGUGCAUGGAAACUGGAAAACUACAAAGAAUCGACUCAAUGCUAUCAUCGCUGCGUUUCCCUUCAACCCGAUCAUUUCGAAGCGUGGAAUAACCUCUCGGCCGCCUAUAUCCGUCACGGUCAAAAGCCGAAAGCGUGGAAACUGUUGCAAGAAGCGUUGAAAUACAACUACGAGCAUCCGCAUGUCUGGGAGAAUUAUAUGUUGUUGUCGGUGGAUGUCGGCGAGUUUUCACAGGCGAUUCAGUCGUAUCACCGACUUUUGGAUAUGAAUAAACGAGGAGCUGAUGAUGAUGUGCUUGAGUUGAUUGCUCAACAAAUUCUGAGAAGAGAAGCUGAAAUUUCAAUGGAAACUGAUGAAGAAGAAAAGGCUGAAAAUCAGAAAGUUAAAGAGGAAAUGAUCAAAUUACUGGCUCGAAUCUCAGCUAAUCAUCAGACUCUCUCGUCGAAAACUCUUCGUGCUCAUGCUCUCCUCAAGAAACCGAAAACGCUGACUUCUGAAUCUCGAACGGAAUUUGAGAAGUAUUUACAGUUGAUGGAGAAGAGUCUGGCAGCGGUGAAUGGGAAGUUGACGUGGCCGAAAGAUGAGAAAUUGGCGGUUGAGGUGGUGGAGACGGCGGUCAGAUUGGCAGAGGAUCGACUCGAAUUGGCGAAAUUUGUGGCGUCGGAGACGUCGGUUAAAGAGGCAUCCGCUAAAGUGCGUCUAUCCCUUCGUGGAAUCCUGACACGUCUCGAUAAGGAUGCUGGAAGUCGUGUUGCUGGAGAUGAAUCGGAGAAACUCGCCGAACUUGUGGAAGUGGCGAAAACUCUUUUGGAGAGUGUGGCGCUUUAA